ACUGAUAUAUUUUAUAUAGCAACAUCAGAGUUAAGGCAUAUCCGUUUCCGCCCUUUCGGCGGCCAUUAUCGAGUUGUUCGUUCACCGGUUCUGUGAAGGGGUCUCAAGUGAAUGAAAAAUCUAAAUAAUUUUCAAAUUCUCUCUUUUUAGAGAGAUACUUAUUCAAGCGUUACAACCACGUAAGUUCCUAUAGGAACUAGAAAGGAAAAGAUGCAGUACAACGGCUUCCAUAAUCAACAUCCCAUAUUCAGACCUCGAACAGACCGGAAUGAACAAUUUGGUAAGGUAUUUCUUAAUGGGCUUCAUGAUUUUGGGGGACCAAAAAAUUUCGGUCCUAGAAAUAAUAUUGGAAAUAAAAACAAUUUUCGGCCCAGAAUGGAUUUUAAUGGAGUAAGAAAUGAUUUCAAUAACCAGCGGAAUGAUAAUGGCAACCCAAAUGAUUUUGGGGGGCCAAAAGAAUUCAGGCCUAGAAACAACUUUAAUAAUCAUUCACAAAAAAAGAAUGAUAAUGAUGGUGAUAAACAACAAAGAGGAGGAGGUGCCAUCCAAUAUUUUAAUGCGAAGAAUGAUUUUGGGGGACCAAAACAACAAAAUUUUCAUAAUAACAAAAAUAACUUUGGAGGAAAAACUUUUAAUAAUCAGAAUGGACAGCAAGGAAACAAUGCCCAGCAAAACUUUGCUCCGAAAAAACAGUUCAAUAAUAAUGAAAGACAACAGUCAGCCGAUUUCAAGGGACGUAAGUUACAGAGUCAGAAAGCCAAGCACCCUGGAGAUAGUUUGGUAAAACCAAUAUGGGAUUUGUCAAAUCUUGAACCAAUCCAAAAAGAUUUCUAUAAACCACAUCCUAAUGUUGAAGCUCGUUCCGAUGAAGAAGUACAGUUAUUCCGUGCUACUAAAGAAAUUACUGUCAGCGGUAAUAAUAUUCCUCGCCCCAAUCAAAUGUUUGAUGAAGGUAAUUUCCCUGAUCACAUUAUGAAUACUAUCAAAGAACAGGGUUGGUCAGAGCCUACAGGUAUUCAGGCCCAAGGAUGGCCAAUAGCGUUGUCUGGUCGAGAUAUGGUUGGGAUUGCUUCUACAGGAUCUGGCAAAACACUUGCAUACAUGCUUCCAGCUGCUGUUCAUAUUAUGCACCAACAACGUAUCCAAAGAGGUGAUGGCCCAGUUGCUCUCAUCCUUGCCCCAACUAGAGAACUGGCUCAGCAGAUACAAUCGGUGGCACAGGCAUACAGUGCUCGUGGAUGUAUCCGGAAUACAUGUUUGUUUGGAGGCUCCCCUAAAGCUCCUCAGGCCAGGGACUUGGAGCGUGGUGUAGAAAUAGUAAUUGCGACACCAGGACGUUUAAUUGAUUUCUUGGAACGUGGUACCACAAACUUACGCCGCUGUACAUAUUUAGUGUUAGAUGAAGCUGACAGAAUGCUGGAUAUGGGAUUUGAACCACAGAUUCGUAAGAUUAUUGAACAGAUACGUCCAGAUCGACAGGUUUUGAUGUGGUCUGCCACUUGGCCAAAAGAGAUUCAGGCAUUAGCUGAAGAUUUUCUCAAUGAUUAUGUUAAGGUUAACAUUGGUUCAUUAAACUUGUCUGCUAACAACAAUAUUAAACAAAUAGUUGAAGUUUGUGAAGAACAUGAAAAAGAAAUGAAGCUUACUAAUUUACUGAAGGAGAUAUCUUCAGAACGUGACAAUAAAGUAAUUGUUUUUGUGGAAACAAAAAAGAAGGUGGACGAUAUCGCUAGAGCUGUACGUCGUAAUGGUCAUAAGGCUUUGGCUAUUCAUGGAGAUAAGUCGCAACCCGAGCGGGAUGCGGUAUUAACCGAGUUUAGAAAUGGAGCCACCACUAUUUUAAUUGCUACAGAUGUGGCUGCACGUGGCCUCGACGUUGAGGAUGUAAAAUUUGUUGUCAAUUUUGAUUACCCCAAUUCUUCAGAAGAUUAUAUCCAUAGGAUUGGUCGUACUGGCCGAUGCCAACAGUCGGGUACAGCAUACACAUUCUUCACCAGUGGAGAUUCUCGUCAGUCACGUGCACUUGUUGCUGUGUUACGUGAAACGGGUCAAAAUCCACCAAGUAGACUGAAUGAGAUGGCAAGAAAUAACAACAACAAUACUGGUCGUAACCGCUGGCAACAACGUAAGGAGAAUAAUAGUGGCUCAAGCUCACCACGUCAGCAAAACAACAACAACCAGUGGAAUAACAAAAUGGCUGCAACAGUCAAUGAGGACAAUAAUCAGAACAUUUAUCAAAACCGCAACGUAAACCAGCAACCACCGCGAUUUUCAAAUCAGAAUCAAAUAAAUCAUCAGGGUUUCAGACAAAAUAAUUAUCAGAAACCUGUACCUUUCCCCAGUCCCAAUGUAUUUGAGUCAAUGGGCAAUUAUCAAGGUGGUUACAACAAUGGAUUUCAAAAUGGAUACAAUAACCAGAAUGGUUAUAACCAGCGUCCCUACAAUAAUUCCCGUAAUGGUGCCCAACAGUACCGUAAUAAUAACUCCAGUAACAAGUCUGGUGGUUCGGGCUCAUCUUAUGGCUCUCCUCCUCCACACUUUGCUACUCCUCAACAUUACACACCGAUGCAUACUCAUCAGGAAAUGCUUGGCGGCAAAUUCUACGGCGGCGGUGUUGGCGGUGGCGGACCUUGUGGCUACCAGGCGGGAAUGGGCGCUAGUGUGCCGUACGCACACAUGGCGCCUGGCCCACUGCUAUACGCGGCGCCCGUGCAGCAGUAAUUUCAACUGUGGUGAUACCUUCCGUACGAUUCAAAAUUGGCCUCGUUCAAUGUCGUAACGGCUAUAACAUGGUUUUUAAUCAUACAUUUUUUUCUCUGUAUCUCAAAACGAAGUUAUGUUUUAAUUUCCAUUUUUCGAAAAUGCCCUAUUUUCGAUGUUGUUAUGAAUAAAAAUAUUAGUGGUUAUUGUUCAUCAACGAGAUAUGUAUUGAGGCAUCUUUUUAACCCCUUUUUUUUAGAAUAUUUCAUUGUAGAUCUGAAUGAAGACUUCAAAAUAAAUUUAUCAUUAGUGAUGUAAUCAUACUAACGAAAUAUAAUUUUAUUUCGCAAAAUUUGACUUUGCGUCAUCAAUGAAUCCUGGUGGGAAUUGUUUAAUGCGAAAAAAAAAUAUGAAAGCUCUUCAGAUCCAUUUGAAUUAACAAGUGUAAUAAGUGUGUUAGUUUUAUAAGGCGAUGUAUUCUUUGUUGGAUCAAUUUCGCUUCUAUAUACUCCAUACAUUAUAAAGUUUAUAAAAAUAUAAUGUAUUAGUAUUACAGUACAGUAAAACCAAGUAUUACUGUUAGAAAUAUAUUGAUACAGACGGAAUGACCAAUAUAGAAUACAUUAUUACAAUAAUAUACUGGUGGAACAGAUAACUUCAACAGUUCUGCCCUUUAGCUUUUAAUCAUUAUAUUUGUUAGAAUAGUUGGUGUGGGUACCCUCUUGUGUAAUCCAGGGUGCCUUUCGUUUUUUUUUAAAUGUCUGUAUGAUGUACGAAAUGCACGAAACAUGUAGAAGAUGAGUGAAAUUAUAUGGGGAGGGUUUUUUAAAAACAAAUGUUAUUUGACAUAUUUUAUAUAAAUUAUUUUUAUUGUUAAUGAUUGAUCUUAUCCAGUGAAAGAGUGGGACAAUUUAGAGUUAGAAAAAAAUUAUUAAUACUUAAACAUGUUGAAUUAAAAAUGCUUCUUGGUAUAUAUGCAUCAUAAUAACAAUCUGUAUUGCCAGAUAAAAUUGUGAAUAUUUUUCUUAUGUAAAGUGAUGUCAAUGACAUUUCAAGUCACUGAUUUCGAGGUUAUUUUUUUAUUAAAAAUUAGAUCUUGAUAUACUUGAAUAUUUAUGUCUAGGAAUAUUAGUCUGCGUCAAUUGGACUUGGACAACAGUUGUACUUUAACAUAUUCAAACUUAUUUACCAUACUCAAAAAUGUAGAAGAUUGUAAAUAACAUGCAUUUAUCUUAGGUCGAUUAGUAUUUUGAAUGCGAUGAAUAUAAUCGAACAGUGUUUACUUUGUUGCUUAGCAAAAUAAGGUAAUACUUCAUAUUGUGUUUUUCGAUUAUUUUUUUAUAUGAUGUGGUUUCAGAUACUUGAACGAUUUUCUUUGUACGUAAACGGGUUCUAAAGGCUAAGGCUAGGAAUGAAUAGGUACAAAUUAUAUCUACUUAAACACAAUGUGUUAUCUAGAAUCCCGUUACUGUCCAAAGAUUUGGAAAAAUCUGUGAUAUUUCAUUACUGUAACCUGUCGUUGCGUUGGUCAAUUGUUGAUACAUAAGAACACUUCCUGCGGAAUGUGUUUACUAGACAAAAAUAUAUUUUUUGACUAUUUGAAGGAAUUUCUUGGAUGUUUGUGACUACAAAAGUUCGCAAGUCAUUCACAGAUAUAAUAUAAUGAUAUGAUAGAUGUAAGAUUUAAUAAUUUAUUGUUAUUCAAUUUAGUUUUCAGUUAACUGAUAGGUGACGAAAUUGAACCAGUUCAAAGGGACGUAAACGUUAUUAUCUAUAUAAGUAACCCGUUCAAGUGGUACAUCUCGAAGAUAUUACGAUGUAUAGUUAAAACGGGGAUCGAACCGAUAUAAGGGGUGAAACAACGUGUCUGUGAAUCUCGUGUUUAUAUCUUAUUAGAAUGCGGGAUUUGCUUUAUUUGUGUACAUUAUAAAAGAAAGACUGCCGUUAAAGGAGAUGUGUAUAUGUGCAUAAGUUCAUCUUAAAGAUGAUUUCCUAUGUACUAGCCUGUGUGCGGACCUUCGCUGUUUGUUGUGCAGAUGGUUAGCGGUCUAAAUAGUGUGGUGUGGGCGGUAUACGGCGUGCCAGGCUAGGUAGUUGUGUGCGUAUUAGAUUGGCCAGUGUGUAUGGUGUCCUGUCUGGUCGCGGAUAGCAGGUAGCUCCUGUAUUAUUAUGUACAAAGUACUGCACCCACCUCUACUAAACAACUGUGAUAAUAACACUAAGUAGCUUAGCAGGCGAUUUAUUAUACUAGUUACGUCCAAGAGAAGGGAUGACAUCAUAUCUGACAUAUUGUAUUGUGAUAAUAUAUCAAGGCGUGACCUCCUCGGUCGGUACGUUUUGACUUAAAGUUUUCUCUAAACAAGACUGAUUAUUUCUUAUUGAUAAAUAUUUUAUACAUGUUCCACUUUUGACUGAAUGAAUUAAGAUGUCUGUAUUUAUAUUGGUAGUAUUCUUGUCUCAUCGCUGUGUGUUUUCGCAAAAAUUAAUUAUUCACUAUGUUGGAUAUGUGUCAAAACGCCUUUCUAUGUGGUCACCAAAUUGAUGAAGGUCAUUUAUAUUUAAUUUAUAAUUUCUACUUUCCUUUGUGAUGGAAAAUGUUGUUGACAAUUAUGUGGCAGCGGCAGUUGAACAUUAUCUUAUAAAGAGUUAUAAUAUAUAAUUUGUUGUUUAUUUGCAAAAUUUUAUUUAUUCAAGCAGUAGGUAACUCAUAGGCAAUCGUACUUUCGUGCUUUACUAUUUAAGAGUUUAUUAUUUUCAAAAAUGAAAAAUGGUCGUGAAAAAUAUACAUAGAAUUUUAAGUAUGUGGCAAUGCAGAUCUUCAUUGAUUCUUACUAUGAAUGACAUAGUUUGUAUUUAUUCAAUUUAUAACUUAAAAUGGAGAGAGAGGCUCCUUAUAAAACUGUCCCAAAGGGAAGUCUUCUGAAUGUUUCUAAGAAGUGCAUUUCUUCUAUGUAAUACAGUAUUAAAUUCAGAUUAAUAAAUGGAUGUAUAAUUAUUA